UGCCCCGUGGCAUGUAGGUUGGCUCAGCGCCUUACUGCAUCGGUUUGCUUUCAUUUUUGAUGUCCCACAAGUUUGUCGCCCAAGUCACUCCUCUUCUGAGAAGCAGGCCUUCCCCGCUCCUGUCCUGAACUUAGUUCUCCCGGGCUGCCGGGAGGUCCCCUCCUCUCGCCUUUGGUUCUGCGAUCUGGCCGGCAUUUGUGGAAUGAAUGCGAACAGGAAGGCGCCAGGAGCUGGGGUUCACCUUGCCCCGGCUCCUGGCAAGUUUAUAGUCUUCCUUCCCUCGCCUCUCUUUGUCUUUUUGAGCAAAGCGUCUCAGGCCCUUUUUUUGGCCCGUGCAGGCUGCCCCACCCCAUUCCCGUGCUCGAUGGAGUUCAUUCCUCCUCUCUGGACUUGCUGCAGCUUUCUCAGGGCUCCUCAGCAGGGACUAUUCUAGGGCAGGCACUCGGUGGCUUUGGGCCAAGGGAGGAAAGUAUAUUUUUGCAGCUCCUUUCUAGAGGUUGCCCUGAAUUUGGGUGGCAUUUUGGACCUCAGCAGUGGCUCUCACCUUCCAUCCUUCACCAGAAGUGUACUAGGCACCUACGGUGGGUUGCGGGCACCUACUGUGUGUUGUAGACACCAAGUCCAAUGGGACUGUUCAUAUACCUUGGACUGAUGACUUGGGAAAUCUGUCCUCUUCUUCCUCUCCCCUAGCAAGCUGAACCUCCAUUGCAGACUCUGUAGUACUUGAUAUUAUGGGAAGAGCAUUGAUUUUGGAAGAGGCAGACCUGUGUUCAAAUUCUGGUUCUUCAAUGUACCAGCUGUGUGAAGCUUGGGCAUGUGACCUAAUCUGUUUGAGCCCCAGUUGUGUCAUCUGUAAAAUGGAGAUAAUAGUGUUUACCCCGCAGGACUGAGGUAUUACAUGAGGCAAUGUGUGUGAAGUAUACAUCUUGAUAAAUGACAUGGUUAUCAUCAGUUAAUUGAUUGACAGUGAUUGGGUCUCUUUUGAACUCAUUUCUCUCACAGAGCCUAGCCUAGUGCUUUGCACAUAGUAGAGGUAUGUGUUUUAAUUAAAAUAAGAAGCAGCUAGUGACCUUUGGCUUUCUUCCUUGGGCAGAACUAGUAGCCUGUGAAUUUGGGUUAUAUAUUACUGGGAGGCUUAUGGAGAAGCUUACUGCCACACAGCCCAUCUGAGGUUUAUCUUAGCUUUCGAUUUCAAGACUUGGAAGAGUUCAAUGCCAUCAGCAUCCUUGGGGCUUUCACAGUUCACCCUCCUCUUUGGAUCAUCCAUUAGACUGUUAAAUCAGAGCAGGAGCAGGGGCUGCUCUAUGAACCCUUCUCCGUGGAUAGAAAUGCCCAUUUAUGCCCAUGCAUCUGGCCUCACACCUGGCUCUGUGUGUGUGUAAGCACUCGUGUAUGUUGGGGAGAGGGGGCCCUUGGAAUGCAGGCCAAAACAGGCUCUGGUCAGGGCUCAGCUCUGCCCCUGUUCAGGCCAGACACAACCCAGCCUCCUUUGCCUAUGUGACUUUGGUUUGGUGCACACAAGGGUUUGCUUUUGCAACAGAAAGGUUUGUGGCACCCAAAUAAAGCUUUUCUCUCCAGCAUUUCAGUGUCCCAAAAGUUAGAAUCUGACCUUUGGAUUGGACUUCCUGAGGCUUCCUGUUUGGUUUUGCAUUCAUGUUUAUAUUUACAUGUAGUUUGAUGCUGGCGCGUGCGCAGACGCACGCCCCAGUUCUGGGCAUGACUAAUUUACCCCAGGGCUUGAAGCUCCACUUGGUUGAAUCAAAGUGCAACUGAAUUCUCAAAUCAAGACUUCCAGUCCCGGCUGCUUCCAGUCACAGCUGGUUUCCUGAGUAACCAAGGACUCUGACCUGGGGCUUCCAGCCCCUUUCUACAGUCCUGAAGGGAAGCACCCUGGGUAGGUUAGGAAACUAGUGUCAAGGCUGGGGGACCCUUUAAGAUAGAGAAAUCAGCUACAAACUCUCUUAAGAUGGAGAAACUGAUCUUCACAGAGGGCAAGAGGCUUGUCCAAGCUCACACAGCUGGGAAAUGGAAGAACUGGCAUUUCCACCCAGGUUUUCUAACCUCUGGUCCUGUGCUCCUUCCUGCUAAAGUCCAUCUGCCUGUCCUACCUUUUUCUCUGAGCCUCAGUUAUUUCAUCUGUAAAACGAGGCAAAUAAUCCCUUACCUCACUGGAUCAUUAAUUUUUUUUGUUUGUUUUUAACUUUAGAACACUAUAAAUGAGAGGAAACAUUAAGAUAAUCAUUCCAUCGGGCAGCCUCUUCCUGUCCUGGGCCCCUUUACAUUCAUCCUCUCAUUGAUAGUGUCAAUAACACCUGUGACAGCAGGUCCGAGGGUUGUUAAGGAGUUGCCCUUUGUCACAUAAUGGGCCUGGCUGGCUCCAAGGCUGUGUUCUGUCCAUUCUCCAUGCCAUCUUUGUGCUAGGCCCCAAGGCCAUGUAGACGCUGCACUGGGUUGCUGGCUGGUUGGGGAGAUAUGAUCUGUUUUAGGGAGAAAGUAGGAAUCCCAGGAGUCUGUCCAAGUGCCCAGUGGAAGGUACAGUCAGUGCCAUAAGAGGCUGGCAGAGGGAGGGAGGGAGAGAACAGUGAGGACUGGGAAAGUCAAGGAGAGUUUCCUCGAGGUGAGACUUCCAGCUGGGUUUUGAAGGAUGGAAGGAAAUGUGAGUGAACUCCACGACUACUGGGAAGAGAGCAUAUUUGGGAACCAGAGCCUGGAAGGAGACCAAGCCAUCCUACAGAAAAUAAAGAAGUCCGUGCGGGCGAUUCACAGCUCCGGUCUUGGCCAUGUGGAGAACGAAGAGCAGUACCAAGAGGCUGUGGAGUCCUUGGGCAACAGCCACUUGUCCCAAAACAGCCACGAGCUGUCCACAGGCUUCCUGAAUUUGGCCGUGUUCACCCGUGAGAUGGCUGCACUCUUCAAGAAUCUGGUUCAGAACCUGAACAAUAUUGUCUCUUUCCCCUUGGACAGUCUGUUGAAGGCACAGCUGAGGGAUGGACGACAGGAUUCCAAAAAGCAGCUGGAGAAGGCGUGGAAGGACUACGAAGCCAAAAUGGCCAGGCUGGAGAAGGAACGAGAUCGAGCCAGGGUGACAGCGGGGAGCCCUGGGGAGGUGGCCCAGGACACGCAGAGAGAGCGACGUGUCUUCCAGCUGCACAUGUGUGAGUAUCUACUCAAAGCCGGGGAGAGCCAAAUGAAGCAGGGUCCGGAUUUCCUGCAGAGCCUCAUCAAGUUCUUCCAUGCCCAGCACAACUUUUUCCAAGAUGGCUGGAAGGCUGCUCAGAGCCUUUCCCCCUUCAUUGAGAAGUUGGCAGCCUCUGUACACGCACUGCACCAGGCCCAGGAAGAGGAGCUGCAGAAGCUGGCCCAGCUCCGGGACUCCCUCCGAGGGACGCUGCAGCUGGAGAGCAGAGAGGAGAAUCUGAGUCGGAAGAAUUCAGGAGGUGGCUACAGCAUCCACCAGCACCAAGGCAACAAGCAGUUUGGGACAGAGAAGGUGGGCUUUCUGUACAAGAAAAGUGAUGGAAUUCGAAGAGUUUGGCAGAAAAGGAAGUGUGGGGUCAAGUAUGGCUGCCUGACCAUCUCACACAGCACGAUAAACCGGCCCCCAGUGAAGCUAACUCUGCUGACAUGCCAAGUGAGGCCAAACCCAGAGGAGAAAAAGUGCUUCGACCUGGUGACUCACAACAGGACGUACCACUUCCAGACUGAGGAUGAACAUGAGUGUGAAGCGUGGGUGUCAGUGCUGCAGAACAGCAAGGAUGAAGCCUUGAGCAGCGCCUUCCUCGGGGAGCCCAGCAGCAGCCCGGGACCCUGGGGGGGUGCUGCGCUGGAUGGGGAACCCCAGGACCUCACCAAGCUGCUCAUCGCUGAGGUGAAAAGCAGGCCCGGGAACGGCCAGUGCUGCGAUUGUGGAGCUGCAGACCCCACAUGGCUCAGCACCAACCUGGGCGUGCUCACCUGCAUCCAGUGCUCCGGCGUCCACCGCGAGCUGGGCGUGCGCUUCUCACGCAUGCAUUCCCUCACCUUGGACCUGCUGGGCCCUUCUGAAUUGUUGCUAGCCUUGAACAUUGGCAACACUCGCUUCAAUGAAGUCAUGGAGGCCCAGCUACCCUCACACAGCGGCCCUAAGCCCUCAGUUGAGAGUGACAUGAACACCCGCAAGGAAUAUAUUGUGGCCAAAUACGUGGAACGCAGAUUUGCCCGCCGGUCCACACCCGAGCCUCAGAGACUCUGGACAGCCAUUUGCAACCGGGACCUCUUGUCAGUACUGGAGGCCUUUGCCAACGGGCAGGACUUUGGACAGCCAUUGCCCGGGCCUGACCAGCAGGCACCUGGAGAGCUCGCCCUGCACUUGGCUGUCAGAGUCGCCAACCAGGCCUCCCUGCCGCUGGUGGAUUUCAUCAUCCAAAAUGGCGGUCACCUGGAUGCCAGGGCCCCUGGCGGGAACACCGCUCUGCACUACGCCGCACUCUACAACCAGCCCGACUGCCUCAAGCUGCUGCUGAAAGGGAGAGCUCCAGUAGGCACAGUGAACGAGGCAGGAGAGACAGCUCUGGAUGUGGCCAGGAAGAAGCAGCACAAGGAGUGCGAGGAGAUGCUGGAACAGGCCGAAGCUGGGACCCUCACCUUUCCUCUGCACGUGGACUACUCCUGGGGAAUUGCCGUGGAGCCUGGCUCUGACAGUGAGGAGGAUGAGGAAGAAAAGCAGCUCUGCCCUCAAGGCCACUGGGGCAGUGGGAGGCUGGACAUCAGCAACAAGACCUAUGAGGUCAUUGCCAGCCUGGGACCAGCUGCCACCCGGAGCCCGAGUGAGGAUUUCCCCCCACCAUUGCCAGUCAAAAACCUUUCUCGGACCAUGGUCCAAGGGCGUGCAGGACAAGCCAGUGGAGAUCGUCCUGAAGCCCCCAGCCUGAGCUCAGAACCCCUUGGGGCCUCUGAGAGUCUGGGCAGCUCAGCCUCCUCCUCCUCCAGCCUUACAAGCCCUGUGGAACCCGGGGGUCCCAACCAAGCCCCGCCUGGCUCUGAGGAGGGUAUCCGGGAGUCCCCAGGCACUUUCCGACUCUGCCUGCCACGCGGGGCCACCCCUGCAGAGAUGUAUCUCCCUGUCAGGUUCAGCUCUGAAAGCACUCGUUCCUAUCGGCGCGGGGCACGGAGCCUGGAAGACAGUCCCUCGGCCCGGCAGCCUCUGCCUAGAAGGAACAUACCGGAGUGUCCUGGAAUCCACUCAGACUUCCCGUUCCCAGGCACGCAGGGAUGUGACAGGGACAAGGCUGGCUUCACUGAAGGAGAGAUCUCAAGGACUGGGGUUCUCCCAGCAAGUUCUGUGCAACUUUUGCAAGAUUAGCUCCUUGCUGGGCCCUGCAUGCCUGAACCACCCCCAUGCUGGACCCCAGCAUUCAAAGCUGGGACUUGAAUCCACAAGACUAGGGAGCUGGGAUGCCCCUUCCCUUGGGUCUUGCUUUUUCUGCCCUUUGUAACUUUGUGGCUGGCCUUCUCCCUUCACAUGGGCCCAUGCCCCUGCCAAGGACACUGGGUCUUUCCAUGUUAGGGCUGAUGGCAGUUCUUUCCCCUCUAUCUCAUUUUCCCCAAGGUGUCUGAGAGCCCUGUGGGUGGCUCUGAGAACUCCUGAGCUCGCUUCAGCUGCAGAACCCUGACUCCCUCAUCAGAUCAGAACUUUCUCCCAUCAGUCUGAGAGCAACACAAGGGUAGGAACAAGCCCUCCAUCAUUCUCUACAUCCAGACCAGGGAUUCUGCCAGUCUAGGGACUGUCCUCCCAGCCAUUUGUCAGUCCGGUAUUCAUUUACUGAGUUCCCGCUCUAUGUCCAGGCCUGUGCUGGGCAUGGGGGGCGCAACAAUGAAUAAGAUGAGGGUCCUGCAGAUGUGCUGUCUUGCUGGAAGGCUGGUCCCAAGGUUGGGCCUGGAGCUGGGCUGGGCUAGAGUCCAGGGGCUGAGUUCAGGCUCAGGGACAGGGCUGGCAAUCGGCUGGUUUAUACCUGCAUGAUCAAUACUGCUGUUCAGUAUUCUGAGUGUCACUCCUGUUGAGGGACAGCACCGCCUUCCUGGGGAUCUCUGUACCAUAUUCCACAGCCAGGAAGUAGAGUAGGAAUCACCCCCAUUUGCCUACCCUCCUUGAUUUAGCAGGGAGUAAAGGGAUGGUCUUGGAUGAUUGAUUCCCGCUUCUCUUUCUUUUGGUCAUCUCAGGAGCCUUGUAGUCUCGGGGGAGGGAAGGGCCAAGAAGGGAGGAUGAUAGAAAUGGGAGGGCAGAGACCUAAAGUUUCUUUAAGUGCCAGAAACUCCAUCAUUAGAGCCAUUGCUUUGGGUUCUUCAACCCCAUGUUAGAAAGCAGAUAUACGUGAGUGGUCAUGAACCACUAACAUCUCAGCUUUUACACCUCAGCUUCCCGCAUCUGCUGGGAGCUUGGGCCCUGGUGGGCAUGGGCCAGGCCAAGCAGGAGAGGCAGAGGGCACCACUGUUCCCCUUGGAGACCUGCUUGGUCUGAGUUGCCACAGGAACAGGGCUGUUCUCUGAGUCCCCAGUGUCUCGUUUUGUUCAUCACAGACUUGUUAUUUCACUCAUCUCUAAUA